AUGUACUUUGACGGCUUUGACAACUUCGGCGGUGACAUGUACUUUGACGGCUUUGACAACUUCGGCGGUGACAUGUACUUUGACGGCUUUGACAACUUUGGCGGUGACAUGUACUUUGACGGCUUUGACAACUUCGGCGGUGACAUGUACUUUGACGGCUUUGACAACUUUGGCGGUGACAUGUACUUUGACGGCUUUGACAACUUCGGCGGUGACAUAUUGUGCUGCUGUAAAGCUGCGGUCGGCUGUGGCGUACGCCGGUCGGAGACGAUGGCGGACGGAGGCUCGCGCGCCUUGUUUUAUGUUAAUGCCCACAAGGCAUCGGCGCUUGCG